CAGUUGUUGAAUUCAGUUCGUCCACAAAACAUAGGGAAUAUUUUUAUCCAGAUACAAUGAGUACGAAAUUAAAUAAGUUAUCUGCCAUUGAGACAGAGGAAGAGGAGUCGGAGGAGGAGGAAGCUGAGGCCCCCGGUGAAAACGAAGAUCAUAAUAUGAUACGCUUUGGUGUGAUAGCCGAUGCAGAAGUUACUAUAGGCCUAUUGCUCACUGGCGUCGGUUAUUGUCGUGAGAACUUUCGCAACUACCUUAUAGUUGAUCGUGACACUACCCUCGAUGAAGUGGAGAAUUUCUUUUACCUCCUGUAUAGACGCCCUUGUAUUGGACUCAUACUGAUCGACUAUCCGACCGCCAAGCGAUUGCAUCACGUCUUGGGCAGGUGUAAGAAAGUGCUGCCCGUGAUCGUGAUUCUGCCCACGAAGGGAUGCAUAAUACCCUAUAUGGAGGAGAAGGAGCGACAGCGGCGUCAACGGCAGAGAGAGGCAAC